GUCAUUCUAAUUUGCUGGGUGAUCAACGGCAGUGAGUGAAGGCAUUGCGAUCCUGUGGGCAGAAGCCUCCACUAAUCAGUUCCAGAAGGACAACCUCCUGCGGUUGGCUGGGCUGGAGAAGGAGAAGCUGAGCGGCCGUUUCUCUUCCUGCCGCAGAGAGUACUCACAGCGGAUCAUGGCUGUGGAUGAAGUGCGCGUCGUUCGCCCGUUUAAAUUGAUCGCCCUGAUCUGUGUCUUCGUGGCGUUGAGUCUGGACGUGGUUUCCUUGCUGAGUCCAGCCUGGGUCACUGCCCAGCGGUCCUCGCUCUCUCUCUGGGAUGACUGCAAACAAACUAUGGCUGGAUGGUACUGCGAGUCUGUGCUACACACAGACUGGCAGGUCGCUACACUGGUGUUACUACUUGCCGGGGGAUCUAUCACUCUCAUUGCAUUCCUCUUCGCUGUGAUCUCACUUUGCAAGGGUGCUCACAAACGCUGUUACAGGACCAUUUCUGUUAUGCUGUUCAUUUCAGUUGUUUUGCAGGUUUGUGCCCUGAUUUUAUAUCCCAUCAAGUUCAUUGAUGCCAAUACACUGAGGACAUAUCAUGAAUUCAACUGGGGCUACGGUAUUGCCUGGGGUGGUACUAUCUUUAUGCUUGGAGCAGCCAUACUCUAUUGUCUGAAUACAGACACUUACGAGGAAGAAUAUUAUUAGUUCCUUUCUGCACCAGCUGAAUUAAUAAUUAUAAGAUUUAAUGGCAAGAUGAAGUUUUGCUGUUGAAAGAUCAGUUAGAAAAUUUGAAUUUGAGAAAAAUGUUGAACAAGAUCACAAUGGACAGCAGACAUUCCUAGAACUAUUUAUUUAGUUCUAGCAAGAGCAGCUUUUGAGAAUGACGGAAUGUCCAAGGAAGAAAGAAAAGCUCAAAUCAUGAGGAGUGACACUACAUGUCUUGUGCAAUCUUUACAUCAUUUGCUUUUAGGUUCAGCUAAUUCCAGGAGGAAAUAAUUAGCCUUUAUUAUGUGCACAUUGUAUCUCACUGAAGCAGUAUUCCAUCGCGCAAUGAUUGCUUAUCAUUAGUUAAAUGCACUAUUCCAGAACUUAGACGAUUAAUUUCUUUCUGCUUUCAACGUGUUGUUUUGGCCUUUGAUUUACUAUUUUUUGUCGAAUUGUUUUAUUCUUUUGUCAUAAUAAAUAGUAGGUCUACUACAUAUUGGCUUUGCUUGUGGUAAGCUUAUUAAUGCAAAAUAAGAAGUAUUGUAGCUGUGGCCAUGUCUAUUCUGAACACUAGCAGCUGCCAAUUCAAGAGAAACAUAAUUUGUGGUUGUCGUACAUAAAUGUAUUGUAACCCCAGAGUUCUGCAGAUCAUGCAAUUAUUCUAAGAACAGCAUGAACCCCAUGGUUUAAACAUCCGUGACUGGACCUUUCAGUUGAAGUUCACUGAUGUUCUUAGAUCAUUUGUGUGGAUUAUGAAAAUGGCAACAUUCAUUUGACACCCAAGGAUUAAUUAUAAGCUCUCCCCAUGGUGAAACACAUACUUUUGUUGAGCUGGGAAGGGAAGGGAAGGGAUAGAGGGAAGAUGAUGGAAUUAACAUAUACAAUUUGAUAUACAGAUUUUCUGUUUCACAUUUUGCACUUGGUCGAGCAAAAAAUUACUGAUAAACCUUCACUUCUGGGAUGAACAAAUUUUUAUUGAUGUUUGAAUCGGGUUAAAUAUUUAAUAUUAAUCUACAUAACCAGCACUCAUCAUUGUCUACAUUAAAUUGCUCUCAACAAAAAAUAUCUUGCUUUAAACAUGAUCUGGUAAUUUAUACAUUACCUGAGGAAUUCUUUAACAUAGAAUUUUGAUAGUACAGCCCAGAGCCAACAAAUUGGGAAUUGCUCAUAAUACUUCCUAAACAUAGUUGCAAUUUAAAGCUACUGAAGAACAGCAUCUUUAUUUUUAACUGAGGUAAUUUCUCUGCUCUCCUUGGGUUUGGAGGACCUGAUUCUAAACAAAAAAAUCUUCAUAGAUGUAUGAAAUAAGUUUCAGUUUCUUUCUUCUAUUUCUGUAUUAUGCCCAAAAAUGAGUCCAACAAGACUAUGAAUGCGUUUUGAGAAGUCAAUGUUCCAGUGAUUUUAUCCAGAACCCAUUGCCAGAAGAGAUAUUAGAAUUGAAUAGUCACAGACUUAAACAGGGACUUAAAUAAGCAAGAUAUAGAAGAAUAUUGACCUAGUACACACUAAUGGGAUUGGUUUACAUGGGCAAAAAAAGGUUAGCAUUGACAUGGCCUGUUUCUAUGUUGUAGGGCAUGUUUCUAUGUUGUACUCAAUGACUCAAAGAUUUGGUAAAAAUAUUCAACUGGCCAGAGAACUGAUGUUUCUAUCAUAGCAUAAUGAUUCAAAUUGAUAACUUGAGUUUCUCAAUUGAUGAUAUUACUGGAAUAAACUGAAAAUUAAUCACCAUUUUGUUUCAUAAUUAUCAGCUGAAAGGCAGUUUCAUCAAUGCUCUCUUUUGCCUGUCCUUUUGGGUCAUAGGUUCAAGAGUGUUACAAGUUAUUUUGUAUUUGUGUAAACAAAUCUUGCUCUUAAGCCCAUACCCUCUAUAUACCGGUACUUAUGUUCAUUCAAAACUAUUGCCACUGUUCUGUCCCUGACUACUUCAUAUUGCAGUAUUUGAUAAUGUCGUUGAGAACUGAGCCCUUAAACCUCAGUUUUAAAAUUCCCCUCCUCUGAUUUUAAAUUCUUCCAUUAUCUCAACUCUCCAUAUCUCUGUAGUCUGCUGCCUAUGUAAUUCUUAUUUCCUCUUCCCUACUACUGCCAGCUGUGUCAUUCAUAUGUCUAAGUUUCACAAUUAAAAAUUUCCUCCAUUCUUAAAACAUUCCUUAAAACCCAAUCUCUCUCUCUAUCUAGAUAUCGAUCUAUCUAUCUAUGAUUACCCUCCCCUAAUACCACCCAAUCCCGUCCAGCACUAUGGUGUUUAAAAGAUAAACUAAUAGAUGACAAACACUACACUUUAAUAUUGGUAAUGCAGUUGACGUAUUUUGAUUUUUGAAAUGCCUUGAAUAUAGAUACUUGAAAGUAGAUUAUUCCUCUCAGCCAUAAUUGCAUAUUUCUGUAUUAUGAUCACUGGAUGUCCAUACUAUAACAAGACAAAUGCACCAGAUAUAAUAGCACAGAAGUGUACAUUUGUGUAAAGUUUCCCCAUGUGGAUUCAACAUUGGAUCCACACCUCAUAAGAUCUCAAGGCAACAGUCGAAUGUGAGCAAUUAAAAUUGCUGUUUACUACCUACAUACAUCAAAUGGCAGAUCAAUACAACAUAGAACAAGCUCCAAGGGCACAUAGCAUAUUCCAGGUGGAGAUUUCAGUGUUCAUCAGCAAUAAUUAUUCAUCCGUAUCGCCAAUGACUGAUCUUGCUGCUGAACAACUAUCUAAAUAGAUGAAGAGGAGGUGGCAGGAAAAUUAGCACGGGGUUAAAAAAACUUACCUUGGGUAAGUGAAUUGGUCAGCAUGGGCAGGUCUGUGGGUAAUAAACAACAGGUUAUCACAUUGUUUGGCACAUAGCAGCCUGUUUUUAUUGGUCAUGUCAUAUCAUAGCAAAAUUUAAUACAUUCACUGAUUUACUACUUUGCAACCCAUACUUAGAAAACUAGUAAAAUCUGCAAUUUCCUCUCCUCGUCUCCUGAAUGAAAUACAUUUGGCAACGUGUCUGUUUAUUUAUGAAAAAGCAUAUAGCCCUUCAUCUGAAACGGGAUUAGUUUAUCAUCAUGUAAAUCUGUACAACACAUUUGUGAUUAUAAAUUAGAAAAAUAUUCUGAUGUUUCCAGAAUCUUAAAUCUUACUUUUCUUUUGAUCAAAACCUCUAUAAAAUUUGUAUUAAGUAAAAUGAGUAAUAGCUAAUUCCCAUUUUAUGAAACAGUGAAUGCAACUGAACUUUAAUUUUUGUGGUAAUAUUUCUGAAAGUGUAUGUCAAAUCCAUGUCUCAAACAGAAUGUGUUAUAAAACAUCCACCUUUCCUGAUU